AGAGGGCCUUCAAUAUUAGAUCGUCUGUCAAUAUGAAUUCAUGUGUAACUAGCCAUAGCAAGUGGCAUACUUCUUGUCAACACCAACGCUUUGCAUCACCAAAGUGGUACGUAAGGCCUUCGCAAUAGACUGAGAUAUGUUGUUGAACAAGACGUCUGUGUCGUCUCAACGGCAAACGCCCAGAUACCGCCUACAGCAACCCGAGAAUCUCGAUCACGCACAUGACAUCCAACCGAUCAGGGAUGUCCUCGGCCCCUGUCACGAAGUCUGUGUGCGCUCCAAGCGGCAAAAAGCAAACGUCUCACACGUUUUGCAAAAUUGCCCGAGUGGCGGUGACCUGUCGCCAUCCCAAAAAGUCCAGCGCUGUACGACAAAACUCUCUGUGGUGAUUGCAACGAAUGGAUCCACUUUGCAGCAAGUGGACCCAUCGAGCGAGCAUGCUGUGCGCUGGCAGUUGGCGCCUGUUGUGCCACGUCUGGGGAACAUCGCACUAAAACUGCGGCUCAAGCUGUCAUACCAUGAGGAAGAUAUCGUGUGCGGUUCGUCGGGAGUGUCUCGAUGUGACACGCAGAAGUGGCGGGUUGUGAGACCAUGAGAGUUGAGGCUGCGACUAUUGUGCGAUGCCUAGGCUGAAUGGGUGGUGAAGGAUGGAACUGCUGAGCGGUGGUCGGACCUCCGGGCACGUG